GUUAAGUAGGUAGUCAGGUAAGUGGUAGUGUGUGAGGCGUGUCCUGUCAACGGUGUUUUGGUCUUUCCCAUUAGUGUCAUUGGAAAUCUGUAAACCACAUGGAGGACAGUUGAGUGUUUUACUACAUCUGCAAACAACAAGGGUCGGCAGAAUGGCAAGAAUAUAUCCGGCAAGAACUGCAAAGGGAGUUAGAGGCAAAAGUAAGGGCAAUUCUGAAGACUCCACCCAUUGAACGUCUGCAGAAACUUCGCGAAAAAAUCCAGCAGCAGAAGAAAGACAGCAAACCAAAUGUGAUGCAAUUCAACGACAAACUUUUGAUACACUGGAUCAGCUCCAAAGAACAACAGGAAAAAGAAGAGCGGGAACAACAACAAAAACAAGAGGGUCUUCACAGAAAUCAGCAGUUAAUGACAAAACAAAGAACUUUACCAUCUUUCACUUACAACAUUCCUCCUUUAUUUCAACCGUUCGUGAAGAACCAACACUCAGUCACUGGAUAUCGGCGGUACUUCGAUGCUGAAUGUAACAUCCCGGAACCAAUUAUGGAUCGUCUGUAUCGCAAUCUGGAACCACCAAAUACUUUUCGACCCGUAGAAAAUUUCUGUAAACUACAAAAUGAGUUUGGAUUCAAAUGGCCAGAUUCUCUCGGUCCUUUAUUGCCGACGGUCAAGUUCCAGAAUGGUACGAAGCAUCUAUCUGAACCCCUGUCCAACUACUUAGCAGUACCAACCCAAACCAUUGAGACACAAACCACUCCCUAUAAAAGCCAUACAAAAUGGUCACGACCAAUAAUUGUGUAUGAUUCUGAGAGGAACUCACUCUAUAACUGUCCAUUGCUGUCAUCUGAAGAAUAUGGCCCUUCACUGGUGUUUGAGUCGAGAUUUGAGAGUGGGAAUUUACGACAAGCUCGAAGAGUGGGUCAGUUCGAAUAUGAACUUGUUUUGAAGUCAGAUCUUUACACUAAUCGUCACACACAAUGGUAUUUCUUUCGUAUUGAGAAUACGGUGCCAGGAAUAGCUUACAAGUUCCGGAUUGUAAAUUUACUGAAAAAGGACAGUCUUUACAACUACGGGAUGCGGCCUUUGAUCUAUUCUGAAGAGGAAUUCAAGAGGAAUGCUGUAGGCUGGAAGAGAACAGGACACCACAUUUUGUAUAGCCGGAACAUAACCAACUUACAGUGUCCACUACUAACUAGAGGAAUGCCAUACUAUAUGCUGGAGUGGCAAAUGGAAUUCCCAUACACCAACAGCCAAUAUUACUUGGCUCACUGCUAUCCGUACACCUUCACUGACCUUAAAGAUGACCUGGAUGAUCUCAUAACACAACCGUCCACAAGUCCCUGGAUAAAACGUGAAGUUUUGUGUGAGACAAGAGCUGGAAAUUCCUGUUUCCUACUGACUAUAACUGACUUUGAUACAAGCGAUGAAGAAAAACAAGCUGUAGUAUUGUCAGCUCGUGUCCAUCCUGGAGAAUCACAGUCAAGCUGGAUGAUGAAAGGAGUUUUGUAUUUUCUGACUAGUCCUCAUGUGGCAGCACAGGAAUUACGUAAGAAGUUCAUCUUUAAAAUAGUUCCCAUGUUAAACCCAGAUGGGGUUAUAAUCGGCAACUAUCGGUGUUCAUUAGUCGGACGUGAUUUGAACAGGAAUUUUCGGCACCCCAUUAAAAGUAGUUGCCCCACGGUAUGGUACCUGAAGUCUAUGAUCGAGGAACUCGGCCAAAAUCACCAAAUAAUGCUUUAUUGUGAUUUACACGGCCAUAGCAGGAAACACAAUGUAUUUAUGUACGGAAACAACACGUGUGACAACGGGAAUUCUGGAAUAGCAAGUGCCAAAUCUUUUCUCAGUGACAGACUCUUUCCAUGGAUCACUGCAUUACAGGCUCCAGAUAAAUUUUCAUUCACAUCCUGUAAAUUCCGCAUUCGAAAAUGUAAAGAAUCAACUGGCCGCGUUGUGAUGUGGCGUCAAUUACACAUUGCCAAUAGCUUUACUAUGGAAGCAGCGUUCAGUGGUUCGGUUCUUGACAGAGGACAGAAACCGUGUCACUUCAGUAUUGGAGACUAUGAAGACAUGGGUAAAUCACUGUGUAUGGCUAUUUAUAACUUCCAUAAGGCCCAGGCUGAUGAACGCCUUCAAGCCAAGUUCACCUUUAGCCUCACCCGCCAAAUAACACAACAGCUCAUGAAGAACAAUGAUACUUCUAACAAUAAGGUACCACAGCUAAAAGACAUUCUGAGAGAAAAUCAACAAAAUAAAGCAAAGAACGACUUACAUUCGUCGAAAAGACAUCAUUCAAACAAUCAGAACCAGAAUCGAGGUGACGAAAAAGAUACAACUGAGGGUGAAAUUGUGGAUUCAACAGUUUCUGGUAUGAAUUAUUCUGGAAGUGGAAUGGAUGCCGCCAGUGAAGAUGUAUUAGUGAUGUCACAACAGAGAACAACGCCAAUCUACGGCAGUGAUGACAAGAUUCAAGAGCUGCUAAUGGAUGGGAACGAUCCGUUGGAUGAAGCGACUAACAAUCCCUUAGAAACAAUGAAUGGCUGUUUGAACCUUUUGCUUAGCCUGAAGGCCACUGAAGCUUUAGUGGAAUCUGAUAGUUCCAGUGACAGCGACAGUGAUACAGAUUCCGAGAUCAAACCUGAAGUCCAGAAGCCGCCUCAGCGUCGACGAGAAUCUCGCAAGAAAAGAUCAAGGUGUUUGCCACCGAGUGUUAAAGCGUCUUCUCUAAAAACUGCCUGGACGAAAGAAUCUUCAAAGAAAAAGACGAACGUAUCAUCAGCUGCCGCCAAAAAGGAGCAGAAGGUAUCAAAAUACUUACCACAAUUCGUCAGCAAAUACGAUGGGAGGACAAACGGUGGAAUCCCAUGUUAUUCCAAGGAAAGAUCUUUAGAGAGAAUAGCUGCAAAGAGGCUGUUAAGAGGGAAGGAACAUUUUGACGACAAAGAGCAAACGGGAGAAAACAGCGCAGCACCACACUCGGACAAAGACCACUUUAGCAUCAGGUCUAGAAAAUUCCCACCCAAGAUCAAAGAACUCAAAACUUUCGAAGCAGACCUGCUGGGCAUUAUACCAAACCUUAAGUUCCGUAUAUCUUCAUCCACCUUUCACACUACAACAGGCUCUUAG